UUCGGACGCAAGGAAUGGGAUCAAUUGCUGGGCCAUUUCUGCUAGCAAUUUUGCAAUUUUCGGCACUGCUUGGCCGUCCAUUCUCAUGACCAGAAAAAGAGCACUGAUCAGCUGAAACGAUUCUUGACCAGGCCGUAACAGACUCUCCAUGUGUUUUCUUCGACAAAGAGCUUCUGGAAGCAUACCCCGACGCCAAGGUGAUCUUAACAGUGCGGGACUCACCCCAACAAUGGGUCGACAGCCAGAUGAACACGAUCGUGCAAUAUGCCCUUAGCGUCGUGAACCCCCCUGCCCCCAAGGGCCUGUCAAUAGUGUACAAUUGGUUCCAGCCUGCGACGCGACCCGUCGAUCGACUUAUGCAGACGAUGGUGGCCGAAGCGGAGAUCUACAAGACGCUGCUAGCCGAUGCGCAAAAGGGGACUACGCAGGACUCCGAGGCGUUCUAUCAGGCGCACAUCGAAAAGAUUCGUCGACUGGUGCCGGCCGAUAAUUUACUGAUCAUGAAUGUCAAGGAAGGCUGUAAGUUGUUGCCGAAUGUCUCGCCCAGCAGAUUUGUGCAUAUUGUUUCAAUUCUCGCAGAUUUGCUGACCCAAAUAUCCUCUGAAGGGGACCCACUCUGCAAGUUUCUCGGCCAUGAGCAGCCUGCUUGGCCCUUCCCGCGCGUCAACAGCACCGAGGAAUUCAUGCAAAAUGCUAUCGAAGUGGGCGCGAUGAUGAAGCAUGUCACGAAUGCGCGGAUCCUCAAGGCGCUCGUAGCAGUCACGGCGGUUUCGGUGGUUGGUAUAGCGUGGUGGGUGCGCUCCACACGCGGGAUUGGUACCCAACUAUGGUAAUUUUGCCUUGAUGAAUGAAUUGCUCCGUGCUGAGCAGUUCUUAUCAUCAAUGCGCUGGGGAAUCAGGCAGCUUUAUGGCGGUAUUCAAUGCGGAAUACUCUGCCGGUUUCGUUCCAGAUGGUACGCGCCGUGUUGGUUGUCGCAAUUUGAUGCCCAGACUUAGAGGGCCAAGGGGUGUCUCGUCGAAUAGAGCAACGGACUGGAUGA